UACAAGGAAGAGUUUAAGAAAGUUUAUAAUUCUUUAUUCAUUGGAGACGCUUCCAAAUUUGCUGAACAUGUAUUCCGUACGUUUGAUAAGGACGGGAGCGGUACGGUAAAUUUUAAAGAGUUUCUGAUUGGGUUAUGUGUUUCUGGAAGUGAUACGACCAAUGACGUUAAGCUUAAAUGGGCUUUUGACAUGUAUGACAUUAAUGGGGAUGGCUUCAUAUCUAAAGAUGAAAUGAAGGAAAUAGUUGAGGCAAUAUACAAGAUGACCAACGCAAAAGCACCAGCAGAGUUGGACACCCCGGAAAAAAUGACAAACAAAUUUUUUGAAGAGUUGGACUGCAACGGAGAUGGGCAAAUUUGUUUUGACGAGUUCAAGAAGGGAGCAAAAAAAGAUCCCGUAAUUGUAAACCUCCUGGAAUGUGAUCCUGAUCCGGACAGCUGAGCAUUGCAUUUGGUAAAAUGACAUUGUGACAUUCUAGAUAUAUAAAUUGUUUUUUCUCUUUCUGAAGUUUUGGAAAUUCAGCAUGACGAAAACAAUUCAAUGUUGUGAAUUGAGCAUACUCAUGAUUUAAUAUACAUACAAUAUGAUUUUCCUUCCUACCUUACGCAUUUUCCUCUUCGCUUUUGUCGUCAUUCAUUCUUUUAGUACUUUCGUAACACUGCAAUACCGUUUGUCUUAGUGCUUUCAUUUAUCGAAUUUAGUCUGCUCAUACCUGCCACAGACUUCAGUCGUUCUCUAGGAUUUAAUUAAAGUCUAAAGGGUCAAGGCCAGGAUCACUGAGGUAUAAAAUAGAUGUUCUUUCUUUUCAUAAUCUGUUAAAACUAUGUCUUUUUUUGCACUGUCACAACAGUUUCGAGGAGCAUAAUCCCUCGUGGAACAUCACCCAUCGUGUCCAUCAGGGAUCAUAACUAUAGAACCUAUCGGUGCUCUUGUUAAUUCAACAAACUCAUAUUCUU